GCCAGGCGGCUCGGACCGGGCAGGGCUUUCCUUGCCAAUGGAUUGUGUAGAAUAUAUUGCCAGGCUCUUGUCUUCUGUUCACCAUGGCUUCUUCUGAUAUCCAGGUGAAAGAAUUGGAGACACGUGCUUCAGGCCAGGCUUUUGAGCUGAUUCUCAACCCUCGAUCAAAAGAAUCUGUCCCAGAAUUCCCCCCUUCCCCUCCAAAGAAGAAGGAUCUUUCCCUGGACGAAAUUCAGAAGAAAUUAGAAGCUGCAGAAGAAAGACGCAAGUCCCAUGAAGCUGAGGUCUGGAAGCAGCUUGCGGAGAAACGCGAGCACGAGAAAGAAGUGCUUCAGAAAGCAAUCGAAGAGAACGACAACGUCAGUAAAAUGGCAGAGGAGAAGCUGACCCACAAAAUGGAAGCCAACAAGGAGACCCGAGAGGCACAGAUGGCUGCCAAACUGGAGCGUUUGUGAGAGAAGGACAAGCACAUUGAAGAAGUGCGGGAGAAC